UAAGAAUUCCCAAAAAGGGUAAAAAUAAAAUUAAAUCUCCUCGGUUUUCAUCUUGAAGAACUCUCCUAAGAAAGUUAUGGCAUUCUUCAGAUUCCAAAAACCAGUGAGUUGGUUCAUUUAACUUAAUGGAAACUGAUUCAAGCAAACGCCGUGACAACCUCGUCCACCGAUUCUUCCUCUCUGGUUUCUAUUGCUGGGGUUGGGAAUUCUUGACCGCUCUUCUUCUCUUUAGUUAUUCUCUCUAAAUCCAAACGCACCGUUAAGCCAGUCUUUUCUUUUUCUUUUUUGUACUUUUUGUUAGAUUUUAUUUUGCUUUUUUUUUUACGUAUUCUGGGGGUGAAGGGUUUGAUUGAUCGGAGGGGAACAAGAAAAUGGCGCAAAGGUCAGUUCCGGCGCCGUUCUUGACGAAGACGUAUCAGCUGGUGGAUGAUCCGAUCACAGACGAUGUGGUUUCGUGGAGCGAAAACGGCUCCUCUUUUGUCGUUUGGAAGACAGCUGAUUUUGCAAAGGAUUUGCUUCCCACCUGCUUCAAGCACAACAACUUUUCUAGCUUCAUCCGUCAGCUCAACACUUACGGAUUUCGAAAAGUUGUUCCGGACAAAUGGGAAUUCGCGAACGAGAACUUUAAGCGAGGACAAAACGAGCUCUUGUCCAAAAUCCGUCGUCGCAAGAUGGUUACAUCGUCGCCGGCGAACGGGAAAUCAUCCGGUGCUGGAAUUCUCUCUCCGACUAACUCUGGAGAGGACCUAGGAUCGACCUCCACGUCGUCGCAUGACUCGAAGAAUCCGGGAUCGGUGGAGAUGACGCCGGAAGAAAUGAAUCAAUUCUCCGAUUUAUCAGACGAGAACGAGAAACUGAAAAAAGAUAACGAGAUGUUAAGCAUUGAGUUGGCCCAGGCGAAGAAGAAAUGCGACGAGUUGGUCGGGUUUUUAACUCAAUGCGUGAAGGUGGAGCCCGAUAUGAUCAAUCGUAUCAUGCGGCAAGUAAGGCGCGGCUCCAACCUAGACGGAAAAGAUCCUGGCCGUAGCUAUGGUGUCGAUGACCUCGACGAUCACGGUAAUGAUGAUGAUGAUGAAAAAGCUAGUGAAGAUGGCAACGGAAGUUUGAAACUGUUUGGGGUUUGGUUGAGAAGCGCGGGAAAAAAGAGGGCCCGCGAGGAGAAAAUAUUGUACGGGGGACCACAUGCUAAAGAAAUGAAGACCGUAUAUUUUCGCCACGUGCCUUUGAUGAUGGAGAGGGGCAAGGUUAGGAACUGAACAAUCAAAGUUGGACACCCAAGCAGGAAGCCUUCGUGAUUUUAUUUUGUAAGAAUACAGUAAUUGUUAUAAAACGUAAAAUAAAGAUAGAUUUUUUUAUUUUGAUUUGUAUAAUAAAU